AUGGACCAGCAACAACGCCCAGUCUUGUAUACCUACUUCCGGUCGUCAUCGGCGGCGCGCGUACGAAUUGCGCUCAACUACAAGGGCAUAGACUAUGAGUCGCGUGCAGUCAACAUUCUCAAGGGAGAGCACCAUUCGGCCGAGUACACGCGUCUGAAUCCCAGCGGCCUAGUGCCCUACCUUGUCAUUGACGGCCACGAGUUCAGCCAGUCGGUGGCCAUUCUCGAGUACAUUGAGGAGACGCGGCCCGGCAGGCGCCUGCUGCCAAGCGACCCGGCCCGGCGUGCCUGCGUGCGUGCGAUCGUUGGUGCCAUCUGCUGCGACAUCCAGCCGCUGCAAAACCUGCGGGUGUUGAAAGCGCUUCCCGAGAGCCAGAGGGCGGAGCAUGCAGCCAAGGUCAUCGGCAGCGGGCUGGCUGUGGUCGAGCGGAUGCUUGAAAAAACUGCUGGCCUGUUCUGCGUCGGCGACGAAGUCUCGCUGGCUGACUGCUGCCUGAUCCCGCAGCUUUACAACGCCCACCGGUACGCCGUGGAUCUCGCGUGCUUCCCGCAUAUCAGGGCGAUUGAGGAGAGGGCCGGUGCGCUGGGGGCCUUUCGUCGCGCGCAUUGGAGCCGCCAGCAUGACUGCCCCAAGGAGCUGCUUGCCAAGUGA